UAGAAAAGCUUUCCAAUGAUCAGCAAAUAAACCAAACUUUACAAUUGCUAAUUGUAAACUGUUGUGUAAUAUUCAGUGCUUUGAGGUUUUAUUAUAGUUUGUUACUGUAUGCAAAGUAAACACAAAACCAUAGAUGACCACAAAACUGAUACAUCUGGAGUGAAACUGGUCAAUUACCUGUAUUGGAAGAAACGAAGCAGAAAAGUGCCAACAUUUUAUUUCACUAAGGUUUUUCUCCCUCCUUAACAAAUACAAUUUGUACUUACAUAUAUAUAUGCAGAUAACCGUUUUGCCGAGAUUCGUUGAAGUUCACCUUUAUCUUGCAUUCCCCGAGUCCAUCCAAAAGUAGGACGACAAUGGUUGUUCCAACAAAGUCGACAUUAUCUACAGUUAUACCGUUUAUACACAUAAUUUUAGAUCGAUUUUUGGAAUUUGUACUUGGUUGGCUUCUGGGUGUUUUUCGUUGUGUACCAGUGCCGCCAAAUAAGAAACAGGAGGAAUUACUGUCAACGGGCGCUGUGCAGCUUGCUCGCCUAAUACGGGAACGAAAAUUGAAGUCCUACGAAGUGGUAAAAGCUUAUUAUGACCGUAUAGUUGCUGUCAACCGUGAGUUAAAUGCUAUUGUUGACGGUCCGUUCUUAGAGGCACUCGAUGAAGCGCGAGCUAUUGAUGAGCGUUUUGAAAAAGGCGAGAUCACAGAAGCCGAAUUAAAGACAAAGCCAUUUCUUGGCGUUCCAUUUACCACAAAAGACAGCACUGAAGUAGCCGGCAAACUGCAUACGCUAGGUUUGGUUUCUCGACGAAAUGAACGCGCCUCAAAGGACGCUGAAUGCGUGCGAUUGAUGAAGGAAAGCGGUGCCAUUAUUUUGGCAACAUCAAACGUGCCUGAAGUCAAUAAAUGGAUUGAGACACGCAACAUGUUAAUUGGGCAAACUAAUAAUCCAUAUGACUAUAGACGCUCUGUUGGAGGAUCAUCGGGUGGAGAAGCAGCGCUAAUCAGUGCAUGUUGCACAGCGUUUGGGCUAGGUACAGAUAUUGGUGGAAGCACUCGCAUACCAGCAUUCAACUGUGGAAUUUUUGGUCACAAACCUACCACAGGUGCCGUUAACAUGCGCGGUUGUACCUUUCGAAGUGGAGAUGAAGAAAACACAAUGGUGAGCGCUGGACCAAUGACACGGUAUGCUGAUGAUUUGAUUCCAAUAAUGAAAGUUCUAAUUGAACCAAAUAUGGAAAAGAAAUUACGUUUAGAUGAACCGGUGGAUCUAAAAAACUUGCGAUAUUUCUACAUACCUUGUAAUAACAUGAUUCAAUGUAAUCCCAUAGGGUCAGAGGAGCAAAUGCUCAUGUUUAAGGUAUGCCGCCAUUUUACAAAUGUAUCGGGUUCGGAAGUAAAACUAGCCACCUUACCCAAUCUUAAUAUGACGGGGAAAAUGUGGCGUUACUGGAUGACACAGGAACCAGCAAACUUUAACAAAUUGUUAGGAAAUGGCGCAACGCUGAACCCAUUUUUUGAACUAUUCAAAAAAUUACUAGGCCGCAGUGAAUUUACGAUGGCUGCGAUUUACUCAUUGAUUGAUGCUUUGUUACCCGAAGAAAAGGAGCAACAAAUUCGUGAGGCGACUAGGCAUUGCAAGGAGGCGCUAAUAUCUAUGUUGGGAGAGGAUGGUAUAUUAUUCUUUCAUAGUUCGCCCCGCACUGCUCCCUUUCAUUACUAUCCCUUGAUAAAAUUCACCGAUUUUAGUUACUUUAGCAUUUUUAAUGUUCUCCAAGUGCCAGUAACACAAGUUCCGAUGGGAUUAGAUAGCAGAGGAAUACCUAUGGGCAUACAAGUUGUGGCAUCAGAAAUGAAUGAUAGACUAUGUCUAAACGUCGCCAAGGAAUUGGAACGAACAUUCGGGGGCUGGGUACGCCCAUAUAAAUCACAGUAAUAUAAAAAUAUGCAUAUUUACAACAUGGCGUCAUCAAGUUCUUUUUAGUAAUGUAGAAUGGGAUAGCGGUAUUAAUUGAAAAAUUUAGUUUUUAAAGCGGGUUUUAAAUCUCUUGAGCAAAAUAAAAAAAACAUAAAUUUUUUGUUUAUAAA